UGAUGAAUGGAUAAGCAAAAUGUGGCGUGUCCACGAAGGAAUACUAUUCAGCCUUGAAAAGGAAGGGGACUCUACCAUUGCCUACCGCAGGGGUCACAGUGAAGGUCAAGGCUCCGGAUGGGCUGCCAAGGAGACCACGCAGGGCUGGAAUCAGAGAACCCGAGAGAGCCCUGGACAGGUGUCAGGGUCACACAGGACCCAGCUGAGCCAGGACCUGGGUGGGGGUACCCUGGCCAUUGACACACUGCCAGACAACAGCACCAGGGUGGUGGAGGACAACCACAGCUACUACGUGUCCCGUCUGUACGGUCCCAGCGAGCCCCGCAGCCGGGAACUGUGGGUAGAUGUGGCCCAGGCGAAUCGGAGCUACGUGAAGGUCCACAGAGUCCUCUCCAACACCCACCGGCAGGCGUCCAGAGUUGUCUUGUCCUUCGACUUCCCUUUCUACGGGCAUCCUCUGCGGCAGAUCACCAUAGCAACUGGAGGCUUCAUCUUCGUGGGAGAUGUGACCCACCGCAUGCUCACAGCCACGCAGUACGUGGCCCCCCUGAUGGCCAACUUCAACCCCGGCUACUCCGACAAUUCCACAGUUGCCUACCUGGACAAUGGGACAGUCUUUGUGGUUCAGUGGGACCACGUCUACCUCCAAGGCCGUGAGGACCGGGGCAGCUUCACCUUCCAGGCAGCCCUGCACCGGGACGGCCGCAUUGUCUUCGGCUACAAAGAGAUCCCUAUGUCUGUCCUGGAAAUCAGCUCCUCCCAGCACCCCGUGAAAGCGGGCCUGUCAGAUGCCUUCAUGAUCCUCAACCCGGCCCCUGGUGUGCCAGAAUCUCAGCGAAGAACCAUCUUUGAAUACCACCGCGUGGAGCUGGACCCCAGCAAGAUCACCAGCACGUCGGCUGUGGAGUUCACCCCAUUGCCCACCUGCCUGCAGCAUCAGAGCUGUGACGCCUGCAUGGCCUCGGACCUGAACUUCAACUGCAGCUGGUGCCACGUCCUACAGAGAUGCUCCAGUGGCUUUGACCGCUACCGCCAGGAGUGGCUGGCCUACGGCUGUGCCCAGGAGGCCGAGGGCAGGACAUGCGAGGACUUCCAGGAUGAGGAUCACUACUCGGCUUCCCCCGCUGGCUCCUCUGGCCCCUUGGACGGAGACCUCACCACCACCUCCUCCCUGUCUGUGGACAGCCUCACUCCAGAAGAUGACACCAAGCUGAAUCCCUACGCAGCAGGAGACGCGGAGACCGCACCACUGGCCGGCCAUGAAGUUCCGCAACCACCCCAACCACUCCACCUACACGGAGGUGGAGCCUGCAGGCCACGAGAAGGAGGGCUUCGUGGAGGCAGAGCAGUGCUGAGAGCCCCAGCAAACAGGACCCAGGAACUCCCACAAAGACAGGUCAAAGCAGAGGGGAGCCAUGACACACACACACACACACACACACACACACACACACACCGCCUCCUCCCAGUGUGCCCUGGGCUGGAGAGAGGCAGUGGCUCCUGGUGCCUGAGCUGCGGUUUGCUGAGGGCACAGAAAAGCAACCGUGUGAGUUUUUAAAGGGACAAUAACCCAAGUUCAUCCUGUCUGAUGCUCGGGUCCUUCCCUCUGGGUCUGUCAGUGGUCACUGUCCCAGAGCCCCUCCAACCUGGAUGCCCUGCCCCCAGUUACCUGGAGCCCCUGUGUCUGACAGCGCUACCGAAAGCCUAGACUGGGGCUGAUGCAUUCCAGGGCCCAUAGACUCAAGAGCUGGUCCUCCUGGCUAUGGAGUCAUGACCUUGGCCCCAGCUUCCAAGGCUCUGACACCCUGAGAAGGAUUUUGCCCCGGCUGCCACACACGGGGCCGGCUGCCCUCAGCCCUGGUGUCCAUCCCUGGAGGAAAACAUGUGCAGGUCGGGAUUGCACGCUCGGGCUUGGCUCCCUUCCAUCGCCCCUUCCGCCUCAGAUGUGCAUGGCCUGUGCCAGCCCUGGGCCUGGCGUGCUGUGCCGUGCCGGCCGCGUGCGCCUCACUGGAUGACACAUCUGGGCCCGUGGUACUCCUCGGCCUGUCCUGCUGGCAGUGGUGGGAAGCACGCCCAACGGCAGGCUUACCUGAUUUCUAUUUCUCCUCUCUGAACUAGACUUUUGUGGCCGCUGAAGGCAAACAGGGUGGCGAGAGGGCCCCGGGAGAUGUCCCCAGCAGGGCACUUGGCUGAGUGCUGUUGAGAGGCGAAGCUGCCAGCAGGAUGGGGAUGGAGGGAGCUGGCACAGGAGGGUGGGGCUUUCCACGCACGACCUUGACCUAGAAGCGGCCUCCAUCUCCCUGGUUCCACAGAAAGUCCUGGAGGUGGGGAGUUCGGGCUCCCAGGCUUGCCCUGGUUUGGAGGGAGUCUCGUCCCAGCAAUGAAUGCUUCUGAGGGCAUUUGUCACUCACAUCUAUGGCUCACCCUCGUUCAGAGCAAAAAAUAUCAGCAGAAAUAAAGGUUAAAUCACAGUA